UCAUUUUUCUCCUCUCCAUAAAUAAAUUCUUCUUUCACCACUCUCACUCACUCACACCCCUCCUAUCAUCCCUUCAUCACCAUCAACAAUUUCACUGAAGAAUAAACAACCUCAACAGAAAAAGAAGAGAGAAAUGAACAUCUUAGAAGAUUCUCCCCUAGAAGCUCUAGCUUUCAACUACUUGAGCUUCGAUUUCUUCAACAAUCUAUGGACCUGGCUCGCCGUCAUCUUCUGGAGAAUCCGAACUCCCAACCCCGAAUUACUACCUCCUUCUACCCAUGAUGACAUGGUUCCGGAGCUUCUGGAGCCUUGUAAUGAUGAUGAUAAUGUUCUGGCUCGUGUUCAUAGUACUGUUGUUUGUAACGGUGCCGUUAACGUUAACGAUGUUGGUGGAGUCACGAAGGGAAAGAUGAAGUUUACCUCGUACUAUUACGAGGAUGAUGUUGAUGUCAUUAACAGAAAAUGCAACGAGACGUUAACAUUAACGGCGGAGUUACGGGAAGACAGAGAAGAAGGAUUGGAGUGGUGGGAGAAAUUGUUGAAGACGAGAACGGGAGAGAACGAGAAUGGAUGGUAUUCAUGUCAGGAUUUAACGGCGCUUAACGGCAACGUUGUUAGGUUUUGGGAAGAAUCUCUAUGGUAGUAAAUAGUAAUCACUAAUUAGAUAGAUUAUUUUAGAUGGAGUUAUAGAGGAAUAAAUUGUACUGAGAAAUGUAAAUAUGUUAUUAUGUGUUAGAUUUUAUUAUCGAUAACUUUAAUUAAUUAAUUAAAAUAAAUAUUGAAUGAA